AUUUUGCGCAUUGAGCAGUAAACGAACAACCGGGACAACCCAACCCGCACAGAUUAGUAUGGAGCCGCACACGCCGAAAAGGCAACAGUAGCCGAAUACUUAGCCGGUAAAAUGCUGAGCUCAUCGUCCCACUUGUGAAAACCUCGCUUAUCCUUAUAUCAAAAAAUCACCCUUAAAUCGGUAUAACACCUUUAAUACAAGAACGAUGCCGAAAGUCAAGCUUAGCCUCAUAUAUAUUUUGGGCAUUUUCCUUUUUACGAUUUUCGGAGUGCACCACUUUUCAACUCUGCAAUGUUCUGAUAAAAAUAAGAAGCUUGUAAACAAACAGAAAUUUCGUUUGCUAAUCUUGGUACUGAGUGCUCCAGAAAAUAUUGAGCGCAGGGACACUAUUCGCAAGACAUGGCUAUCGCUGAGACAGGACGAGGUAAAAAGUUUCUUUGCUAUUGGAACACUGAACUUUAGGCCAGAGCAGUUACAGACUGUGGAGUCGGAGAAUCAGAAACACAACGAUAUAUUGCUGUUGCCUAAACUUCUGGACUCCUAUGGAACUGUGACCAAGAAGGUCCUGCAAUCAUUUGUUCACAUGUAUGAGAAUUAUGACUUUGAUUUUGUGCUCAAGUGCGAUGAUGACAGUUUUGCAGUGGUGGAUCAGAUCUUGAAGGAGUUAAAUAGAUGGCAGAAUAAGGGAUUAAGAAAGGAAUUGUAUUGGGGUUACUUUAAUGGUAGGGCUAGAGUUAAAAGAAGUGGACCCUGGAAGGAGACAGACUGGUUUCUUUGUGAUUAUUACCUGCCGUAUGCUCUGGGAGGAGGAUACAUUUUGUCAUACAAUCUUGUCAAAUUCAUUGCUGAAAAUGAAGACAUUUUAAAAUUGCAGAAUUCAGAGGAUGUUUCUGUUGGAUUGUGGGUAGCACCAGUAGCGAACAUUGAGAGAAAACAUGACCCCCGCUUUGAUACUGAGUAUCGUUCUCGUGGCUGUUCAAACCAGUAUUUAGUAACACAUAAACAAAGCAGUCAAGACAUGAAGAAAAUGUAUGAAUUUUAUACAAGAACAGGAAACCUUUGUGCACAAGAAGUGAGCACUUACUUAGGCUAUCAAUAUAACUGGACAGUUGCACCUAGCCAGUGCUGUGACAGACGUCCUGGAAUUCCUUGAACAUUUUUCACAAAUUUUCUUGACUUUCAAAAUAGUCAAAUCCAUGCACAACUCCAGUAUAAGAGAUUAUAAUUAAUGAUAAAGCUUUUCUCUCUCUUGUCAUCUUAAAUAAUCUUAAAAAGUUUUGAGAAAUCAUCAGAUCAUAACUUAUUUUGCACUUUUUUAAUAUUGACAUGAAGUUUAGAAGACUAAUAUAUAACUUAAAAGAUACUCAAGAGGCUUUAUUAGAAUAUAAAAUACUAAAUAACAAUUUUUUGCAGAUUAAACGUAAUUAUAGUUGACUAGAUAAUUUUCAAUACUGUUUUUAAAAAUUAAGGGUUGCCAUCUAUUAUAGCUUAAUUGAUAUUUAAAAUAUCUUGUGCCUACAUGUGCCAUAAAUAUUUUGUAAAUAUAUCAUUUGUACAUAUAUACACACAUCUAUAUAAUAGGUAAUGGAUUGUAUUGAAAAAUUGCCUUAUUGCAAAAUCAAAUAUAUUUAUUAAUUACAAUAUAUAUUAAUAACUACAGUGUAUUGAUUUACAUAAUCUAUUUCAACAGUACUAAAGUCUUGCAAUUUUGUUUGAGUGAAUUGUAUAAUGUUUGAUUUUCAUGAUUAACGAGAAAGCGCUUUACUAUGUACCAAGAUACACAAUUGAUUUUUUUUAUAUCAAUACAUUAUUACAACCUCACUGUACAAUAAACUUUACAAGACCAUAAAAUAUAAAACAUU